CUACUGUCCCUUAUAAUUGUCGCCGAACCAUUGAGUUGCCGUUUGCUCUCUAGGGUUUUCGCAUUUUUCAAACACAGCAGCCUCCUCUCUAGCUUCACUUAUCAUCGUCUCACUCUAAUCUUCUCGCCGCCAUGUCGAAGAAGAAGACUAGAGAGCCAAAGGAGGACAAUGUUACCCUUGGACCUGCAGUUAGGGAGGGUGAACAUGUUUUUGGAGUUGCCCAUAUUUUUGCCUCAUUUAAUGACACAUUCAUCCACGUCACUGAUCUAUCUGGUCGAGAAACCCUUGUUCGCAUAACAGGUGGAAUGAAGGUGAAAGCUGAUAGAGAUGAGUCUUCACCUUAUGCUGCUAUGCUUGCAGCACAGGAUGUCACUCAGAGAUGCAAGGAACUUGGCAUUACUGCUCUGCAUAUUAAGCUCCGUGCCACUGGUGGGAACAAAACAAAAACACCUGGUCCUGGUGCACAGUCUGCCCUGCGUGCUCUUGCUCGUUCUGGAAUGAGAAUUGGUCGCAUUGAGGACGUGACACCAAUUCCAACUGAUAGCACCCGCAGAAAGGGUGGUAGAAGAGGAAGAAGGCUGUGAGUUUGUGUUUUGGCAACUUGUUGCAGAUCUAUUUUUAUUUUGGGACAAUUUCUCCAGUUGUGGAACUGAUUUUAGUUUUUAAUAUUUCUCAUUGCAUAAUCAAUUGAAGUUAUGUAGAAGUUAAAGAUAUUAGUAUUGAAUACCCUGAAAUUUUGUUUUA